AUCUUCAGCUCAAGCAGUCUACGUUGAUACGUUGACCGCAACGGUUUGUCUUUACGCUUACUACGAGUACGAGUACGAGAUUACGAGUAAAUCURAAAGGAAUUAGUUCUUAGUGGAGUUCUUAACGAGUGAUCGCGUGUUGCCUACAUACAUGUGUAUGUGUGUGUUCAAGGUGAAGGACCAAUCAAAAUAAAGGAAAGUGCGAAUGUCAUAAAAAUCGCUUUGAAGUGUUGAUUGUUUCGAUUUCGGAGAAAAGUGUCUAUCCGGUGAAAAGGUGGCGCUCAUUGCAGAUCGGUUGAAAGAUAUAAAAUUGSCAUUAGAGAAAACGUUAAUGUGUUCACAGUGAAGAUUUAUUGUUGAAAAAAUAAAGAUUUAUUUGAAGCACAUCAAUAAUUGUGGAGUAUUCUCACUAAAAUCUGUAAAGGGUUAAAGCUGAUUUUUUAGAAAUUAUUGCGUGCUGUAUCCAACAUCCAACCAUGAACUGGCUGUAUCUACUCACAAUAGCAGCCUUUUUGGCUGUAGGCAGUGUGAAUUCGCUAUCACUUGAUCCAGUGGCCUCCACCGAACUGGAGCAGCACAUAAAGAAGGGUGAUUGUGUCAUAUCAAUGCGACACAUACGGCCGCGUCGCAAACUACACAUAUCCAUAGAAGCACUUUUUAUGAUCGAUUUCCCUACACUGAAACAUAAAUUAUCCUUUUUCCUCGAUCGCAUGAAUCAACGUGUCACCUUGGAUGUAACGGCCAACGGUGCCACUGUGUCGAAACACUUCGAAUUGCCCAAUACGAAUGAGACCAGCACAAUACGCUCGCUAGCAUUGCAUUUCCAUAAGAAUCGCAUUGCAAUGUUGGUGGAUUGCAAGGAGAGUUCGACGCAUGAAUUAGAUGUCAGUUUGACCGAGCUCUAUGCACAAAUGGAUACCGAUCCGGUUAUAAAACUGUUCAGGGAACGCAAAUAUCCACUGUACUUUGACGGGCAACUCGAGCCGGCGCUGCAACGCACCAAUUGCCAAAAGGGCGUGCAUAAGCGCAACAAAGUGCACAUGAUGCGUACGCAGGUGGCGGAGAAGAACAAGAAACGCGAUGUACGCAAUUGGUUCAGCAACGACUCGAACGAUAAACAUCACGAGGAGGAGCGCAUUCCGGUUGAGGUUGAGCAACGCGGUGACAUACCCAUCAUGCAUGGCGAUUGUGAAGACGCCCUCGCAAAAUCAUUGAGCGACCUAAUGGAAUUGGUGAAACUUUUACGCGAAGAUAUCGCCAACCAACGUCAAGAGAUCGCCUACCUACGCCGCUUGCUCGAGAACUGCGCCGGCUGCAAGGAGCCGAGCAGCAGCAGCCUGCGUUUGGAACCAACAUGUCGCAACGCCAAUCCCUGCUAUCCAGGUGUUGAGUGCCGCGAAACGGCUAGUGGUCUGAGGUGUGGCCGCUGUCCGAUGGGUCACGUGGGCGAUGGCAAGAUUUGCAAGCCGGGCGUCACUUGCGCUGAUCGUCCUUGUUUCAUUGGCGUUCAGUGCCGUGACACGCUGAACGGGCCCCAAUGCGACGCUUGCCCACUUGGCUAUGACGGCGACGGACGUUCGUGCACAAUACGCUCAGCCAACAUCUUAGUGCCCUCUCAUAAUGUUCAGCACUAUCAACGCCAAUACACCGCACGCAAAUACUCCGUUAUCAGCUCGUGAAGCGGCCUCUAAUCCAACCCGAAUUCAGCACGAAGCAACGCAAACGUAUGCAUCGUAUCAUGUGUGCCUUAAUUUUAGUCAAUUGUGUUUAAUAAUUGCAAUAUAACUUGCCUUAACAUAAAAUA